GCUUAGUUUCUGUGGAACCAGUCGUGAUAUGGAAUCUGCGUUCACACGGGCCAAGUGUAGCUUCACUAUCUAAUUGGCUAAGAUAUGGUGCCGUCAAUUCUCAUCAAAGAAAUAUAUAAAACACAGAGUCUAGUGGGAAUGUCGUAUUUUCAGUCCAAAGAUGCCUAUCUCACUUAAUCCAUCUCCCUCCAACACCCAGAUCUUCAAGGUCGCCGCCGUUCAAGCUGAACCGGUAUGGCUUGACCUUCAAGGCGGGGUUGAGAAGACAAUCCGAAUCGUUCACGAGGCGGCUGCCGAAGGUGCCAAGAUUAUCGGUUUCCCAGAAGUCUUUAUUCCUGGCUAUCCCUGGACUCCAUGGGCCAACAACUUUGUCGUUGCUCAAACUGUCCUCAAGCAGUAUCAAGCAAACUCGAUGUUUCUUCACUCCCCUGAAAUGGAUAGAAUCCGGGAGGCCGUCAAGGAAGCUGAAGUUAACAUAGUCCUCGGGUUCUCUGAGCGAGACGGAAGUUCUCUUUACAUCGCCCAAGUCACUAUUACAUCCGACGGCAACAUUGCAAACCACCGCCGCAAGAUCAAGCCCACUCAUUAUGAGAAAACCGUUUUUGGAGAUGGAAGCGCCCAGUCCAUCUACAAUGUAGUUCAGACGCCAUAUGGGAGGCUAGGAUCUUUGAAUUGUUGGGAGCACAUUCAGCCAUGGUUGAAGACCCACUUUUACUCUCAAUACCCCCAAAUCUUCGUGGGAGGAUGGUGGCCUGCAUUUCCACCUCUGACUGGCGGAUCGCCCUACAUUGUCAGUGGCGAAGCUUCCAGCCGGAUGAGUCAACUUGUGUCCAUGGAAGGUGGCCUAUUCGGAUUGGUUUGCUGUCAUGUCGUCAGCGAAGCAGGUGCUCGCAAAAUGAAAAUGCUCGGCUAUCCAUGGUUCACAUUCCCUGGUGGAGGCUUCUCCGUUAUAUAUGGUCCAGAUGGCGCUGCCUUAACCGCUCCUGUUGAUCCUGGGAAAGAAGUAGUCUUAUACGCGAAUAUUUCCCUGGACAAGAUUGAUGAAGUCAAACUCGUUGCGGACGUCAUGGGGAACUAUUCUCGGUUUGACCUCUUUCAUACUGUAGUUCACGGUAAAAACUGGAAGCCUGUUGCAUACCGUGACCCUGAAGAACAGCAUGCCGCCAAAGCUCAACAGGGAGAGAUUAACAAUGCGGGGAAUGGUUCAAUCACGCCUAGUAAAUUGUGAUUCAUCUGUCGAAUACGACGUACUGUGUCAUAUAUCAUCAAUUUGUACUCUCCCCUCCUUCAGUAUGGCUUCAAUCUUCGCAACUCUCGCGCAUUUCUCUCGAUCUCGGAUUCAUUUCCACUAUCGUCCGAAUCCUUGUCACCCGGUUCGAUUAACUGCAACUUCACAUCGAGCUCAUGCCUCAUUCUGAUACCCCUCUCCGCCAUUGUGUUGACAAAGGCGUGAAGCUCGUGGUAACUGAAGACGUUUCGCAAAUGGUCAAAAGCCAAAAGGUACAGGUC